AAAUCUAGGAAGAAGAAGAAGAAAGAGGCGUUUGUGUAAUAUUCUCCAAAAUAUGCGUUUACAGAAACAAGAAAGGUGAAGCUGAAGAAGAAGAAGAAGGCAAAGAGUGAAGAGUAGAGAGAAAGAGAGAGACUUUCCCUAUUGCUUUUAAGGGUAAAGACGGCUCUUAAGCUUUGCUUGCGAGCUUAGUUUUCAGUUUCUUCCUUUUCUCGUUUCUUUCCCCACGCCAAGAAGAAACAUAAAUGAUAAAUCCGCCCGUUACACGACGAAGUUUUUCACCCCAAAAAAUUUAGAAAAAAAAAAAUUCUCAAUUUCUUGGUUGGAUCGGAUCUGAAUAGGACCCGCAAAACAACACAGGAGAAAAGCUGUUCCCAAUACAAAAUCUAUCGCCUUUUCACCGGUGGUUUCUUACAAGGGCUUCCCUCCCUCCCUCUCUCUUAACCGGUCAUGAAAGCUUAUUAGUCUCUCAUCUGCAUUCUUGAUCAGUGUCUGAGUUUUUGGCUAUUGGCUCUUUAAUUGUGUCUUUCAAACUGCACAAUGGAAUCACUUGUUGAUGGGAUUAGCUCCUUGCCCAGUGGUCAUAGUUCUGUAGCUUCUGCAGACUGUACUGCUUCUUUUGUGCCCAGAACAAGUCGCCCACCUCAUCAUCCUUCUAUGAAACAAUAUAGAAAUGAAGGAUCAUCAUCCUCAUCUUACCCAAUAGCUGGUGACUUUGAAUCAAAGGUUCUGCUAAGCUCAAAAGGCUCUAUGGUCAGCUCAAAAGGUUCUGCUAAUCAUGAGAUUUCUCAUGUUCAUGUUCAGAGUGACAUAGUCUCUACUUCAGCAGGAGAUCAUUUGGAGUCAAAUAAAGGGAAGAAGGAAUUUCUGGGGGUAGAAGAUUUUGUUCCAAAAGCAGAAGGUUCGUCUGGUAAGCAUCUAGUUAAUGAUUCUCAGAAUUAUAAGUCAAAUGAGUGUUUGGAGCCUGGGGAAUUUACUACACAGAAUGCUGCCAAAGGAAGUAGUAUUGACUUGUUGAAUGGCCAGUUACCUCCUCAAUCAGGAUACUGUCCUAGUCCUCAAAAUAGUUUCUACUCUGCUACGCUAUAUGCAGAAGCCAAAGAAAGCUUCACCAACACAGAAGUGAGUGAAUGUGCUAGCAGUGUUGACAAGUCUGGUGAUAGUGGUGGUGAAGUUAGCAACUCUUGUGAUUUUGUUGAGAGUACAAAGACAAGCGUCUAUAGAGCUAGCACUGGUAGUGAUGUUAGUGAUGAGAGCAGCUCUAGUAGUUUCAGCAGUACAAUAUCUAAACCACACAAGGCAAAUGAUACAAGGUGGGAAGCAAUUCAAGCCGUCAGAUCUCGUGAUGGAACAUUGGGGUAUAACCACUUUAGAGUAUUCAAACGAUUGGGAUGUGGUGACAUAGGAAGUGUUUAUCUAGCAGAGUUAAUUGGUACAAGAAGUUAUUUUGCCAUGAAAGUGAUGGACAAGGCAACUCUAGAGAGCCGUAAGAAGCUUGUGAGAGCACAAACAGAAAGAGAGAUACUGCAAUCUCUGGAUCAUCCCUUUCUGCCCACUUUGUAUUCGCACUUUGAGACAGAAAAGUCCUCUUGCUUGGUGAUGGAGUUCUGUCCUGGCGGAGAUUUGCACGCUCUUCGUCAGAGACAGCCAGGGAAAUAUUUUCCAGAGAAUGCUGCCAGGUUUUAUGUGGCAGAAGUUCUCCUUGCUUUAGAGUAUCUGCACAUGCUGGGUAUCAUUUAUAGAGACCUUAAACCAGAGAAUGUUUUGGUGAGGGAAGAUGGACACAUAAUGCUGUCUGAUUUUGACCUCUCUUUAAGGUGCGCUGUGAGCCCGACUCUGGUUAAAUCCUCGAAUUCAAAUAUAGAAUCAAAGAAAUCGGGAUACUGUAUCGAGCCAUCUUGUGUAAUCCAGCCAUCAUGUAUCCAACCGGCAUGCUUCACACCACGCUUCCUUAGCAGGGCCAAGAAAGAUUCAAAGAAGAAGACGAAGCCAAAGACCGAGAUACAUAGUCAAGUAACCCCUCUUCCCGAGCUGAUUGCAGAACCAACGAAUGCUCGUUCAAUGUCUUUUGUGGGUACACACGAGUACUUGGCCCCCGAGAUCAUAAAAGGCGAAGGACAUGGCAGUGCUGUUGACUGGUGGACAUUUGGGAUCUUUCUGUACGAACUUUUGUUUGGGAAAACUCCUUUCAAAGGACAGGGAAACCGGGCAACAUUGUUCAAUGUUGUUGGGCAGCCGUUAAGAUUCCCAGACUCUCCGACUGUGAGCUUUGCUGCUCGGGACUUGAUCAGAGGUUUACUAGUGAAGGAGCCACAGCACCGUCUUGCCUAUAGGCGCGGGGCAACAGAGAUAAAACAGCAUCCGUUUUUCCAGAGCGUGAAUUGGGCGCUGAUAAGGUGUGCCAGCCCCCCGGAUGUGCCAAAACCAUUCAUAUUCCAACAGCAACAGGCGGCGGCAGCAGCAGCAGCAGCGGCGCAGAAAUCUCCGGCAGCCACAAAAGGGCAAAGUGGUGUUGAUGUCAAGUCUUCGGAUAAUUAUUUCGAGAUUGAUUUCUUCUGAUGAUUCAUUCUUGUUUCCUUCUUUUUCUAAGUCGCCGUCAAUCACUGGACUGGACAGUAGUAGUAGUAGUAAGUAGUGUACUUUGAAUUAUAUCAUCUCCUUUUAUGUUGGAAGUAAGGAAUGCCAAUUUGUUCUUUGUUCCUGUCAGGAGCGGAGCUGAGCCAAAUGUAAAGUGCACUAGACUCUUUCUUG